UAAUAAUAAUUAGGCCAAAAAUGGAAGAAUUAUUCCAAUACACGGAAACCCAGAAACACCAAACAAUUACAAAAUCACGCAAGAAAAGGCUGACUGAAAACCAGGUGAGGCUAUUGGAAUCCAAUUUCAGCUCCAACAACAAGCUCGAACCGGACCGGAAAUGCCAGCUGGCAGCGGAGCUGGGGGUCCCACCUAGACAGGUGUCGAUUUGGUACCAGAAUAAGCGUGCUCGCGACAAGGCUCAGAGCCUCGAGAUCGACCACGGGAAUUUGCAGCUUCGGCUUGAAAGCGUGCUGGCUGAUAAUGCGAGACUUAAGGGACAGGUGGCAAUGCUUAAAGACGAGUUGAACAGAAUCCAAAGCGCUUUCGUCACUCCUUUCAAUAAUAUUGAUGUUGUUGAUCAUAAACACGAUUUAGAGGGGUGGUUGAUUAACGAUUCUUUGGUCGGUGGUGGAGCUCCGUUUGUUGCACCGCCGGGUAUGGAUAUGGUUUCUGAUUUGGUUAGGCGAUGACUCGAUCGAUUCACAUUAUAUUGUUUAUGGUUGCCCUUAAUUAAUUAGCAUGCAUGUGCUAAUGGUGUUUUAAUUAAUUUUUAGUUACUAGUAUAUUUAUAAGAAAAUUAAAUAAUUUGCAAGAUGUGUGGAAAAACUUGUGUGAAUAUUAGCUAAUUUUUUUGAAUUGCAUGCAAAACAAGAUGUGUAUUUCUUUUAACAAUUUAAGUUGUGAGAUA